AGAGAUUUAUAAACCACAUUUUUAAGGAGAAGAUUUUCAUUUACCUGAGCAUUGGAAAGUUGAUACCCUUAUGAAUUUUUAACACUUAAAACACGAAAACAAAGAUCUCCAAAUCUAAGGAAAGAAAACUUUAUUUUCUUCUUUUGUUGGGAGAAAAAAAAAAUGAUGAACAUGACCUUCUACUGGGGUAAGAAGGUGACAAUCUUGAUUGAUUCGUGGAAGACCAAUUCCUGGAUGUGUUACCUUCUCAGUCUAUUUGCAUGUCUCGUGGUUGCCGCAUUCUACCAGUAUCUUGAGAAUUGGCUCAUCCAUCUCAAGCUUGUCACUCGCGAUCGGAGGCCAACAGAGAUCCAGGUUCCGUUUCUGUGGGGUAUAGCCAGAGAUAGAAGGAGAUUGGAGGUUAAGUUGGCGAAAGCUAUUCUGUUUGGUGUGAAGUCGGGAAUAGGGUUUUUGUUGAUGUUGACAAUUAUGUCCUUCAAUGGAGGGGUGUUUGUGGCAGUUGUGGUGGGUCUUACGAUUGGAUAUCUUCUGUUUAGGAGUGAGGAGGUGCUUGAUGAUGCUAUUGUUGUUGAUAGUUCCUGUGCCUGUGCAUAGGGUUUGAUAUUUUAAAGUAGUCCCUGCAAAAACAGCAUGAAUGGAGUGCUUUGAUUCUGGCUA